AUGGCAGGGCAGGACACGGUAAAGCAGGGCGAGAUAGAGCAGGGCAGAGAACAGCAUUGCAGGACAGGGCAAGUUAAGCUAAACCAAGAGAAGGUGAGACAAGGCAAGGCAAAACAAGGCAAGACGAUGCUGGGUCAGGCAUUGGCAAGGAAAGUCAAGGCAAGGCCAAGACAAGACCAGGGAAUUGGCAAGGAAAGGCAAGGCCAGGACAUUGGCAAGCAAAGCCAAGGCAAGUCAAGGCAAAACAAGGCAAGGCCAUUACAAGGCCAGGACAUUGGCAAGGAAAGGCAAGGCAGGGCAAAGCAGGGCAUUGGCAGAGCAAGACAAAUCAAGGUAAGUCAGGGCAGGGUAAGGCAAGGCAGAGUACGAGAAAUAGGUUUUUUUGUGAACAACUGCGUAGUAAUCUUACAUUGAAUUAUCUUGUUUAAUAUAAACAGUUUAAUGUAGUUAUGCACAAAACAAGGCAGAGCAAAACUUGUUGCUACGAUUAAUUAA